GUUUGAUUGCUUCUUUCUGUUAUGUUUUUACCGCCAUUUGCCAUAACCGCGAUUGGCAUCACCACUGUAGAAUCGAACAUCUGCUUCACUUGAUCUACAGAAUUUCAGUUUCUCUAAUGGAGAAAGGACGAUUUCGCGGACAACUUUUGCCCUGAAUUUUCGAAUCUUGUUUCUGGAAAUGUUCUUCGAUCGCACUAUCCGAUCGAAGCUCUGUUCUCUGUUGCGGCCAUGGCUGCGAGAAGAACCAGAGUUGGAGCUCAAAUUAGGGCUCCUGAGGUCACAUGGGAGUGUGGAAAACCUCCAUUUCGACAAUUUUGCUCUCAACCAGCUAAUCGACGAGACCUCAUGCUUAUCUUUCGAAAACGUUAGGGUUAGACAUAUGACCGUUGGAAUUUCUUACUGGUCGGUUCCCGCCUUUUCAGUCGAUGUGCAUGGGGUUGAUAUUACACUUUCAGUAAGGAAACCGGUUGAGGAGACAUGUUCGCGUCAGGUGCCGAACUGGACUGACUCAUCUAGAAAGGAGAUGAAUGAGAUUCUUUCUGUCAUUGACCCACAGGGCACUGCUUUGCAUGAGAACAUUGGAAAGAUUUCCGUCAUCGAUUCUGCAAGAAAUCAGCUUACCAAUUCUUUUUUAAAUGUUAUACUCAAGCAUUGUCGGUUACAAAUGCAUGAUAUUCAUUUGGAAGUGCAAUUGCCUGUCAUAGAUGGUGCAUGUUCAUUGAAGAUAAAGGAGCUUAGUCUGGAAGGUCAGAGCCAUGAGCAUGCUUGUUUGCUUAGAGGACUUGUUGGUGCACUAUUUGUGCCUCAAAGGGACAGCUCUUUGGUUCUUAAUGGUAGAGGUUUGGAGAUUAGGAUGAAGAGAGAAGACCAUGUUAACUGUGUAUUUGCUUCCUGGAAUCUUUUCACUUCUAUGAGACUGAUCAAUCUUCAGGUUGUAGACGUUGAUCUUUGUAUACCAGAAUUAAAUUCUACAUUUUCUCCAGCUGAUCUUGCUAUCCUUAUUGCUUUUGAUAUUUCAUCUUCAAAAACAGUUAAGUAUGCUAGAAAUGGUAAGGAACUAUGGAAAACAGUUGCAAGGAGAAUUGAUUGUUUGACUUCAAGUUCCAGGUUCUCCUUUCAUAAGUUAGUUGAUAUUGCUGGCCUAUGGUUACGUCAUGUCCGUGCUUAUGAGUCCUUGCUAUUUCUAGUUGGACAUUCUUCAGAGAAAAUAGUCAAAAGAUCUGCUAUUAGGAUGUCACAGGAUAGAAAAUUUGCGAGCUCUGUUAAGCACCAGUGGAAGGUAAUUUCUGAAAUUGAGAAGAAGCUUCCAAUAGAGACUGUUGCACGGGCACGGCGAAUAGCACGUCACAGAGCAGCAUUGCAUGUACAGCGUGCUGAAUGUAACAACUCUGAGUUAGUAGGGAAUAUUUAUACCAAAUUCUUCUCAUUGCUCUCUCUUGUUUGGAAAAUGAUGUCCUGUUUAUUCUAUUCGAUAACACGUUUUCUUUUCCUGAGUAAGGUCUUGGAUCAAGAUCAACAAGAAGGGCUUCCUGAAGUUGUUUCUCAAGAUUCCUCUUUCCAGCGUUGUUUCAGUUUAUACCUUGGAAAAUUUUCAAUUACUCUCUCCCCUGCAAGUUCCUUUCACCAUCUUGAUACUGAAAAUUUGGGGUUGCAUAUUCAAAUAUCUCAUUUUGAUUUAUUUUCAUUUUGUCUGGCAACUGAAGCAUUGUUCUUGACUUAUGCAACAUGCAACACGAAGCAGUCUCUAUCCUUGGCUUGUGGGGAUUUAAAAGUUAUCCCCUUGUCAUAUUCUAGAUUUCCCAUAAUGAAGAAAAAUUUGAGGAAAGAAACAAACCACUCUUUCAAAGAACAUAUAAUUGGGAGAAUUAAUGAUUCAGGGGCAAUUCUUUGGAGCGAGCCUGCUCCACAGUUUGUUGUCUCAGAAGAUAUGACUGAUUCUGCUGAUUCUACUUGUACGCAUUCUGUUUUACUUUUGGAAAAUCAUUUAGAAGAAAUAUGGUUAAAGUGGAAAAGAACUUGCAAAAAAAUUGGGGGAAGUAACACCGAAAAUUUGGAGAACCCUUUCCUUCUCUGUGAGAUCAAAAGCUCUUUAAUGGAUCCAUGCUUCAAGCAGCCAGAUUAUGGGCUUUUGAAAUGUGUUUUGACCAUGGGAAAGUUAAACUGUCAUGUGGGGUACUCAUCUGUAAUGUCUAUUGCUCUGAUACAAUGGCAGCUACAGCAUUCUCUUCUUUUUACUAGAAGCAAUGAGAUGCCAGGGCCUAAUCCACUUUCUGUUAGAAUUGAUGGUGAGUCUACAGAAAUCAAAUGGAAUGAUUAUUAUGAAUCCUGCAGUGGUGGAAUGAAGAUGGUUUUACUCAGGGUGAUUCCGGAGAAAAACAUAGAAGUUGGAGUACUCGUAGCUGGUGCUAAUAUCCGUUUAUCAUUGAAAGAAGGUAUGCUCGGUGGCAGAGAACAGGAUGUCAAUCAUGUUGCUACUCAAGAUCCUGGUGAUUUAUUCCUUGGGUUAGAUCUCCAUGGCAUCGACUUUGCUGUUUGGCCAACAUCCAGAGCUGAGUCGGAAGCCCGGCCUGGUGAACCAAGAUUAGAUGGUUUGAGAUUGGAGUGCCGCCGGUUGAAGAGACCUCGGCCGGUAGAUAUUCCAAAAGCAGAUCCAAAUGAUAAUUAUGUCUCUCAAAGGCAGAUUGUACUCGAUUCUUGCCUGAAAAUUAAUGGUUUAAAUGUUUACUUGGAGGAUUUUGAAAAAAAUCUACAGUGUCAAGUAUUUGUAUUACCACAGUUAACCUUCCAGUGUUCAUCCUGCAGGGACUUUUUUUACUCAUUCACAACAUCCUUUUCUGCUUUAUCAGUGGCUUUGUGUAUGAUGAUUACGGGGUUCACUGUUUUAUCGUACAUUGAUGAGCUGUCCAUUUUCUUCAAGGUAGUUGAAGAUAUACUUGCUGCAGUAUCAUAUACUUUUACCAGUCCUGACUCUGAUGGUGGUGUAAAUUUUCAAGAAUUUAUGCAGAGAGACCUGCGAUCUACUAAACUGGAAGCAAAUGGAGAUACAUCAAUGUCAGAAGCUAAGGGUGUCUCCUUGAUUCUUAAGAGCACACAAUUAUGCAUUGAUGCGACUGUUGAGUUGAGAUCACUGGAUCUUGUUCUGCAUGACUCUAGGAGAAACAAUAUUAUCGAAAAGUAUAUGAAAGCCUAUGGUAUUUCCAGUUAUAAAAAGCUGACCAUGCAUGAUGUGGCUGGACGUGGUAUUGCGACCAAUUUACAGCAAUCAUGCAUAAAAAUAUCCUGGGAGGAAGGAAAACUGGAAGUGCUCACUGAAUUGGCAGGAAUCCAGUCUGUUAUUUUCCAAUAUUGGAGUGAGCUGGGACAUUAUAAUGAUCUUUCUGAGCUGAAAGAUCUUCUUCAUCAAUCUCCUAACAGUUUAUAUGAAUUUUCCCUUUCCAGCUGUGCACUGAAUUUAUGGGCUACCUCUGAUAGGAAUGCCUUAGCUUUGGGAAGAGUCGAAGAUGGACUUGACAGAUCGUCUUCUGAUGCUAAUAGUUCUUGUAUAAUGCAGAGUUCUCCUUUGAAACUUGUUAGUGAAAUGUCAAAUGUCCAUUCUUCUAGUUUUAAUCAUGAAGGACGCAGUCGGUUGAUUACUUCAAAUAUUCAAGCAGCAUCACCAAGUCUGCAAUUACUCAUAACUGUUGAACUUGGCGAGUUUUUUAUGGGAGAAUGUGCUUUAAAGAAAUUUCUUCUUGGAGCACAUAAACCAAAGAAGCUUUUCUCUCAACUUUCUAUUUGUGGAGAAUUCCGUGCAAUCUCAUGGAAAAUCCAGGGUGGUCAUGCACUCCUUGAAACUACGGCUUUGUCUACAUUUGUUCAUUGUUUCACGGUGUACUUUCAGUGCAUCGUGAGUCUCUCUUCAAUGGUGAAAUCAUGGGUGUACAGUUCAUCAGCGAAGCAGUAUAAUAGAGUUGAACCUGGAAACAGCACUAGUAGAUUGAGAACUUGUCCUAUACAGACAAGUACUGAAGGCACAGUAUCCCCAGAAUUGUCGUCUGAGACAUGCAAUGCAUCCCCAGAGACCAAAUGGGAGCUGUUGAAGGCUUUUACAAUUAGAUAUUCUGAGUUUUAUCUUGUGUUUGUUGCUACUGAUGAAUCUUCUGGUGGAGUUUGGGAACUUGUAUUAGAAGCUGAUUUUCAUUUGAACCUUGAAUAUGUGAACUUAAGAAGAAAAAUCUUAUUUGAUCUAUCCCGUCUGACAAUCCUUUCCCUGCGUCUUCAUGAAAGUUUUGUGGAUCAAAGAAUGGAGGAGUUUGAAAUUUCCCAUUUCCCAUUUGCUUCAUCUAGUUUUUUAUCUCACUCUCCGUCUGGUGAUCCUGCUCUAGAAUUUCAUCAUUCACAGAACACCCCACAGGUUUUUGAUGAAGCCAGUUCUUCAAGUCCUACUGUUCCACCAAGAGAAUCUUCAGAGGAAAACACUUUAGGCCGUUCGUUUCCUUUGAUCAAUCAUAUGAAUAAUUGUAUCUUGAAACAUGCAAAAUCUUCCCUUUUGGUUGAGAAGGCAGUGACAAGGGAUGAAGUGGGUCCUCCAUGCUUGAAACAUGAUUGGGUUGGGUGUGGUUCUAUUUCUGGUUUUGAUUUCACAAUCUCUUUGUCUGACAUACAGAUGCUCUUCUCUAUUCUUUCACCCUUAUCGGGGGUUUUCAGUGGGGAGACUGCUGGUGAACUGGAAGAAGGAUGUUGGUCCCAGGACUUAGCACGGGAAAAUGAUUUUGGAGAUACAAUUCCUGAUGGAGCCAUUGUUGCAAUCCAAGAUGUCCACCAGCAUAUGUAUCUUGCAGUUGAAGCUGUGGUAAACAAGUACCAGUUAGUUGGUGUUCUCCAUUAUUCUCUUGUUGGAGAAAGGGCUAUGUUCAGGGUUAAGCAUUGUAAACAAAGGACAUGGUUCUUCUUAAUAUCAAUGCAUGCUAAAAGCGAUUCAGGGGAACCAUUACGAUUGAACUAUCGUCCGGGGUCAGAUUUUAUCGACAUCUCAAGCGCUAGUGAUAGUGGAGCACUUUGGAGAAUACUUACUUAUACUUAUAAUCCUGAGAGCUGUGAGGAUGAUAAUGACCUAGAGCCUUACAAUCAACGUGCUAAAAAUACUUUUCAACUUGUGAACAAGAAGAGUAAUUGUGCUGUGGCUUUUGUUGAUGGGGUUCCGGAGUUUGUAAGGAAGCCUGGACAUCCAAUCAAGAUGAAGGUGUUCAGUGAUUUUUCUUCUGCACAUGAAGUUGUAAGCCUGAAUAUGGACUCUGCUGGGGCUUCAGUAACCAACUUGCAGGACUCACAUGUGGUCAAAGAUCAAGCUUCUAGGGAUGCUGGCAGUCUCCAACAUAUAGAUAUUACCAUUGACAAGGUUACUCUGACAGUUGUUCAUGAACUUUCAGAUGCAAAUGAUAGGUUUCCACUCAUUCAGUGCUGCAUCGAUAAUAUUCAAUUAAUUGUACAAAUUUUAUCAUCUAAAUUCAGACUUAUAAGCACACUUGCUGCAGUGGCAUAUUAUUUUGAUGCCCAAAGAAACUCAUGGAGAGAAAUGGUUUACCCUGUUGACAUGUGUAUUUACUACCGCUCAAGAUUUGCAUUACAGGGUUCAGAAACUGUUUCCAGUGGAGUUCCUGUACAUUUCUACUUCAGAGUGAAACAGGUGGACAUUUCUUUAACCGAGCUUUCAUUGGACAUAAUUCUCUUUAUGGUUGGAGUGCUGAAAUUGGCUGGUCCAUAUGCUGUAAAAAGCUCGAUGAUUUUCGCUAAUUGCUGCAAGGUAGAAAAUAGAUCUGGUUUAAGCCUUAUUUGUCACUUUUGUGAUAAUCAGGAUGCAAUAAUAGCUGCAAAGCAGUGUGCUUCAAUUUUCUUAAGGUCUGUAGUAUCAAGAAAUCAGCUUCCCGAAAAUAAAUCCUUUGUGGCCAUCCAGCUUGCCAUGCCUGGAUUGUUUUCAACUUCUCCAAUUCAUGUUUCUCUUUCGAAUGCCCGAGUGCUUGCUUGGAGAACACGUAUACUAUCAUUACAAGAUUCAAGAACCUUCCCUGGUCCAUUUGUUGUUGUCGAUUUUUCAAAUGAAACUGAGGAUGGUCUUUCUAUUACUGUUUCUCCCCUAUUAAAGAUACACAAUGAAACUGGUUUUUCUCUGGAAUUACGAUUUCGGCGCCCUCAACAAAAGGAAACUGAAUCUGCUUCGGUUUUGCUGAGGAUGGGGGAUACAAUUGACGAUUCUAUGGCAUCAUUUGAUGCAAUCAAAUCAUCUGGCGGAUCAAAGAAGGCAUUGAUUUCAUUAGGCCUUGGUAAUUUUCUAUGUUCUUUUAGACCUGAGAUCAAAGAAUACUCUGGAAAUUCGGGAGAACCAGUUUCAGUAGAAUGGUCUGAAGAUUUGGAAGGUGGAAAGGCCGUUCGACUCUUUGGAAUAUUUGAUAAAUUAAACUACAAAUUCAGGAAGACCUUUGGUGUUGACCCAGUGAAAUACUCCUUAAGUACAGCACAAUGUUCUCUCAGUUUUGAAGGCGGAAUUUUCACGAAUAUUCAUUUCCUGAUUCAGAGCAUUGGGAGAAGAGUACCUGUUAUAAAACCUUUUAAUUUUAUAGAUGUACAAGAACCAGUUGCAUUGCAGGAACAAAAAGAAAUCAUUCUUCUCCCUACAGUUCAGGUCUGCAAUCUCCUACAAACAGAGAUACAUGUGCUUUUAACUGAAAAACAUCCAGAUCUAUGUAUCACUAAAGGCAGUGAAAGUAUUGGAAAGCAAGCAACUCUGCCAUGCGGGUCGACUUCUAAUUUGUAUGCAAAUCCUGCAAUAAUAUAUUUCACAAUUACUCUAACUGCGUUUAAUUCAAGCUGCAAACCAGUAAACAGUGGUGAUUGGGUUAAGAAGCUGCACAAGCAGAAAACCGAUGUCCAUUAUUUGGAUAUAGACUUGGAUUUCAACGAUGGGAAGUUAUUUGCUUCCUUAAGAUUAUCACGUGGAGAGAGGGGCAUAUUGGAGGCUACAAUAUAUACGCCUUAUACGCUGCACAAUAGCACUGAUCUUACCCUCUUUUGCUUUCAACCGUUCCAGAAUCGAUUGUCUAGGGAAGGAGUUCAUAAGUUUGGUUUCGAUCUUCCUCCUGAGCUUGGAUUGCUUUUGCCCCCAAGAUCAUCCAGAUCAUGGUUCUUCAAGUCCAACAGGGUACACCUCAAAUUGUUGGAAGAAAAUGCAUCUGAAGCACAGCUAGACUUGGAUGUUUUGUCAGGGUUUACAGAGGUAUGCUUGGAAGUUGAAGAAAGAGCUGACAUUAAACGUAUUGCAAAGUUGGGACUGUCACUGAAACCAUGUCCAAGUGGAGUAGUUGUGCCCUCCCAAGUGGUAUCCAUGGUCCCGAGAUAUGUUUUAUUCAAUGAAUCACUACAGGUUAUCAUUGUUCGGCAAUGUUACUUGGAGGAUCACACAGAUGAUGUAAUUACUGUUAAUAGUAACGAGAAGUUGGCAUUACAACUGACUAGACCAAGCAAGAGGAAAGAAAUCAGCUUCUUUGAUUCUUUGCUCAGAAAGCACAGAAAUGCAAAUGAUGAUUCGCAAAUGUUCAUCCAAUUCCGGUUGAAUGAGGAUGGAUGGAGUUGGUCUGGGCCAAUAUGCAUUGGUUCGCUAGGACGUUUUUUCCUCAAGUUCAGAAGAUCCAUGGAUUCUAUUGAUCAUCAAUCAAAUUCUAUUACUAUGGAAGGAAACAAGAUAACAGAGUUUGCAGCAGUCCACGUGGUAGAAGAAGGUUCUACGCUAGUUUUGCAUUUCCAUAAACCGCCAAAUGUUAAUCUACCAUAUCGGAUAGAAAAUUUGUUAGAUGCACCCAUCACAUACUACCAGAAGAACUCAUUGGAGUCGGAGUUUAUAGGACCUGGAAAAUCAGUUGAUUAUGUCUGGGAUGACUUGAAUUUGCCGCAUAAGCUGAUUAUCCAAAUUUCUGGUUUGCAUCUAUUAUGUGAAAUUAACAUGGACAAGAUCCGGGCUUGGAGACCAUUCUUCAAAAGGCAACAUAGAGGGCUGGGAUUUCAUUUACCUUUGGAAAUGAAGCUAGGAGAUCAAAGAACUAAUUUAGAUGAACCCCAUCAACUGGAGAUGUCAAAGAUGGGAUUUGAAGUAUAUGCAGAUGGUCCUACACGGGUUCUACGACUUUGUAAGUUUUCUGAUGGUUGUAAAGAAGAUUCAGUGAUUCAGCCAAGAGCAAAGAUUCGACUGAGAGUUUCCUACUUUUCUGUCCACUUGUUCGAGAACAGAACAGAGGAUGUAGAUGCAAGCAAGAUGGCAAGUUUUUCCCCGCUUUUAGUUGUAAGACUUGGAAACAUUAAUGUGGACUCAAUGUUUACUGCUCAACAUAAAUAUAAUCAAAUUAGAGUACAGUCAGUAAAUGUGGAUGAAAAAUGGAUAGGAGCACCCUUCGCUGCAGUGCUUCGGAGAAAUCAAUUGGAUUACUCUGACAUAGACAGUGACAUAUUGCGUAUUGUCUUCAUCCUACUCUCGACCAACUCUAAUGUUACACAAGUUAAAUACUCUUCCAUUCUUUUGCAGCCCAUGGAUUUGAACCUUGAUGAGGAGACACUGAUGAGACUUGUCCCAUUUUGGAGAACAUCACUCAGUGACUCAAAUGCUCCGAGCCGACAGUUUUACUUUAAACAUUUUGAGAUCCAUCCAGUAAAGAUUGUUGCAACCUUUCUUCCUGGAGACUCAUAUUCAAGUUAUACCUCAUCUCAAGAGACAUUAAGAUCCUUACUGCAUAGCGUGAUAAAGAUUCCCACUGUAAAGAAAAAGGUUGUCGAGCUCAAUGGAGUCCUGGUUACGCAUGCUUUGGUUACAGUGCGUGAAUUGUUCAUUAAAUGUGCACGGCAUUAUUCGUGGUAUGCUCUGCGGGCCAUAUAUAUUGCGAAAGGAAGUCCAUUGCUCCCACCAGCUUUUGCUUCUAUUUUUGAUGAUUCUGCCUCAUCCUCGCUUGAUGUAUUUUUUGAUCCUUCAAGUGGCUUUAUCAGUCUUCCGGGAUUCACCAUAGGAAUGUUCAAAUUCAUCAGCAAAUGCAUUGACAAAAAAGGGUUUUCGGGAACAAAACGAUAUUUUGGUGACCUGGGCAAAACCAUGAGAACUGCAGGGUCGAAUAUUCUCUUUGCUGCUGUUACUGAAAUAUCUGACUCUGUUCUGAAGGGAGCAGAAGCAAGUGGAUUUAAUGGAAUGGUAAAUGGCUUUCACCAAGGGAUAUUGAAGUUAGCAAUGGAGCCAUCACUGUUUGGAACUGCUUUCAUGGAGGGUGGCCCUGAUAGAAAAAUUAAGCUUGAUCAAAGUCCUGGGGUUGAUGAGUUAUAUAUCGAAGGGUAUUUACAAGCUAUGUUGGAUACAAUCUACAAACAGGAAUAUCUGAGAGUGAGAGUCAUUGAAAACCAGGUUCUUCUCAAAAAUCUUCCCCCAAACAGCACCCUCAUAAAUGAGAUUAUGGACCGGGUGAAGAGCUUCCUGGUAAGCAAGGCGUUAUUGAAAGGAGAACAUUCAACUUCUUCUCGUCCGUUACGUCAUCUGCAAAGAGAAAGCGAAUGGAAAAUUGGACCUACAGUGCUGACUUUAUGUGAACAUUUGUUUGUGAGUUUUGCUAUCCGAAUGCUGAGAAAGCAAGCUGAUAAGCUUAUGGCUUCCAUCAACUGGAAGAUAAAAUCAGAGGGUGCUGAGGGUGCUGAUGGCAAGGAGAUAGUCCCUGGGUCCAAGAAAGAGCAGAAAAGAGUGAAUUUCAACUGGAAAGGGGGGAUCCGCAGCUUUGUGUUCUCAGGGAUGAUUGCUUAUGUGGAUGGACGGUUAUGCCGAUGCAUUCCUAAUGCUGUAGCAAGAAGAAUUGUUAGUGGAUUUUUGAUAAGUUUUCUUGAUAAAAAUGACAACAAUUGAAUUGUAUGUCAUCCUUUGGUCAACUGUAAAUAAGUUGUAAAUUAGCUGUGAUUUCUGUACAUAAUGUAGUUCUCCUCCUACAUUCGAGCGGCUGUAA